GCGCGGCCCCCGCGGCUCCGGCUCCUCCGUGACCCAGGCGGGAGGUCCUACCUGGGCUCGCUCUCCUCUCGCCCCGCAUCUUCCUGCGCGCUCAGAACCUUCCAGUUUGGCGUGUCUCGUCGAAACCUAGGGGAUAAGGAGAGGCUUCUCCUCCCUGGCUGGAGGCCUCUGGGCUUGCCCAGCAGACCCUUUUCGAGCCUACUCUGUGUAAAAGCUGAAGGAAAUGAUGUGAGGAUAACGAGAGUUCAGAGAUGGGUCUUAGGAAGUGGCUGGGAGCGUUUGCAUCCUUGGGACCCGGGUUAUGAUCCUGUGGUGGCUGUGCACCUGGGCAAGCGACUUCACCUGCCUGAGCCUCGUGUUGAUAAUCUGUAAAACGGGCAUGAUUUCUCUUAUACCUGUGUCAUAGGGCUGUUGAAAGGGCUGAGUGAGACAAUGGAUGUCAAACUUCGCACCAGAAACUCGUUGCCAUCCAGUCCAUUCCCACCCCGAGUCACCGUAUGGACAGAGGAGAACUGCCCCACAGGAUUUCCAAGGCUCAGCUGCACCAUUUUGCGCUCCCACCAGCAGUGCACGGAAGUCUCAGUCUCUCCGUAUCCUCAUCAGCACUUGGUAUUUUCUGUAUUCUGGAUUACAGCCAUUCUACUGGGAAAAGCACUCACUUUUAAAAAAUACAUACAUUGAAGCCUGGGACAAGAUAUCUAAUUUCUGUGGCAAGAUUAAAGAGCUGCUAUGACAAUGAAGAAAGAAACUGAAUUUAUCAUUUUUGCCUGAAGAAAAAUGAUAGACAGAAAUCAAACCUGUGCUGUGGGACAGGACUCUGUGCCCUAUAUGAUUUGUCUGAUUCACAUACUUGAAGAGUGGUUUGGUGUGGAGCAACUGGAGGACUAUUUGAAUUUUGUAAACUAUCUCCUGUGGGUUUUCACACCACUAAUACUUCUAAUACUGCCUUACUUUACUAUCUUUCUUCUCUACCUUACAAUUAUUUUCUUACACAUUUAUAAGAGGAAGAAUGUAUUAAAAGAAGCUUACUCUCAUAAUUUAUGGGAUGGUGCAAGGAAAACCGUGGCAACUCUGUGGGAUGGACAUGCGGCGGUUUGGCACGGCUAUGAAGUUCAUGGAAUGGAAAAAAUACCAGAAGAAGGACCAGCACUUAUAAUUUUUUAUCAUGGAGCUAUUCCCAUAGAUUUUUACUACUUCAUGGCUAAAAUUUUUAUCCAUAAAGGCAGAACUUGCCGAGUCGUAGCUGAUCACUUUGUCUUUAAAAUUCCAGGAUUUAGUUUAUUACUUGAUGUGUUUUGUGCUCUACACGGACCAAGAGAAAAGUGUGUUGAAAUCCUGAGGAGUGGCCACUUGCUGGCUAUUUCACCAGGUGGAGUUCGAGAAGCCCUCCUUAGUGAUGAAACCUACAACAUUGUAUGGGGUAAUCGGAAAGGCUUUGCUCAGGUGGCAAUUGAUGCAAAAGUGCCCAUUAUUCCUAUGUUUACACAAAAUAUUCGAGAAGGAUUUCGAUCGCUAGGAGGAACAAGGUUAUUUAGAUGGCUUUAUGAGAAAUUUCGCUAUCCAUUUGCUCCAAUGUAUGGAGGUUUUCCAGUGAAGUUACGUACCUAUUUAGGUGAUCCCAUUCCAUAUGAUCCAAAGAUGACAGCAGAAGAAUUAGCUGAAAAGACAAAGAAUGCUGUUCAAGCUUUGAUUGAUAAGCACCAAAGAAUACCAGGAAACAUCAUGAGUGCUUUGUUAGAACGUUUUCAUAAAAAACAAAAGGUCAACUAGAGUGUGAUUCAGUACAUUUAUAUUGAUACGUUUGGUUCUGUGGUACUGACUUCUAAAUUUUGUAGGUUCUAUAAUUUAAUUUUUUUUUUUUUUUAUAAUUAGUAUUUUUUAAAAAUCACAUUAAAUAUCUUUCUUGGAACUUGUUUGUUUAAAACUGUACUGUUUUAAUUUUGUUUUUGCAAUCAAUCGUGUCAAAAAGACUCCUUACAUGCCUAAUAAUUCAGAAAAUGGUUAUAUUUCAUUUGUAAAUUCCUUAUAUAUGGUAAAACAUAUGAAUAUGUUAGUUUAUUAAUAACAGUAAUUCAGGUUAAACAAGCAUUCCUGAGUGCUGCAUCUAAUUUUUGUAUUUGUUGCACUGAGCUAAUUGUGAGAGAGGAGGUAACCUAGUGUACAGGCGCUGAAGUUAAAAAAGCGCUGCCUUGUUCUGCCGGCCACCCACUUCGUGACCUCGGGCAAGGCACUUCGUGUUCUCAUGCCUCCUCUUCGCUUAGUGUGGCAAUACUGUGGUGAGGAAUGUGAGUCUUUACACUUGCUGCAAUUGAUAACUAUAGAACUGAAGUUAUAUCUGAAUUAAACAACACCAAGAUCUUUUACAAGUUUUUAUAUAUCUAUGUAUAUAUAUAUUUUGUCCUUAGGAUGUUUAAAUUAUUCCUUCAAUGUGAUGUUCAGAUGCUAAGCACAGUGAAAAAGAUGUAUUGUUUUACAAAUUGAGUAAAAGGAAAUUACCUGUACCUGUUGCUGUUGAGUUGAUUGCGACUUCUAGCGACCCUGCAGGACAGGCUAGAACUGCCCCGUAGAGUUUCCAAGGAGCGCCUGGUGGAUUUGAACUGCCAGCCUUUUGGUUAGCAGCCGUAGCUCUUAACCAGUACGCCACCAGGGUUUCCAAAAAGGAAAUCAGGAAAAGUAAAAUUUCUAAUUAUGAUUAUUUUUAGUAUAUAUACAAACACUGCAUGUUGUGCUGUGCACCAUCUGACGUGGCAAGUAAUAGUGUAAGGUUCAUACUCACCUUCGUGCUCUGCAGUUUGUUGGUUAGAAGCUGAUUCUCGUGGAUAGAAGUAGAGAGAAAGUUCGGUUUUGCCCAACAUCAUGGCGUAUUCAUUUUGACAUUGCAACUAGUGCAUUGGUUUAUUGUUUCAAUAAAAAUAUACUUGAAUGGUGAAUUUAUGUGAACAUAAAGCCCUGUGAAAAAUUAAUGGCUUUCGAUUUGUUUUCUCCUUGAAAACUGAAUUUUAAAAGUAUUUGAACAGAAAAGUAUCAGGAAUCAAGUCCAGUAUCUCCCUUUUUUAGAUGUUAAAUUACUUGGACUUUUGUAUAAAUUUUUGUAUUACCAUUGUGUAAUGUACAUAAAGUGAAGUGAUGUAAAAAUAAAAGUAAAGCAGAAUGGCAGUCCAUUUGCAUGUGGCAUUACAUGUGAUAUUUUAUUUUAAACUGAUGUUUUUAAGUUUUGCUAUUUUAUAUUUCCCACCCACAAUCUCAUUGUUUUAUCUCAGCCACAAUGAAUAAACUUCACUUUUCAAUGUAAUAAAUAUAUUUUAAUUCCAGUGAAAAGAGUUAACUAAUGAUUAUUUACAGAUUUUUCUCCUCUAGCAGUGAGUACUGUUUGGUUAAAAUUGAUAAAUAUUUCCUGAAUAAAUGAUUAUAAAAGAAACAAGAAAA